AUGUACACCUCCAUUCUCUCCCUUGCCCUUGGCAUCGCCUCCCUCCCGCUCGUGGCCAGCCACCCGGGCGAGGACCACCACAAGGAGGCCAUGAAGCGUCGCGAGUUCCUCCAGAACAGCGGCGUCGCCAACCUGGACCACUGCGCCGGCCAGCUCGAAGCCUCGGGUGUCACGGCUCGGUCCAUCCAGCGCCGCCAGAACCUGGUCCACGGCAUCCGUGAGAAGCGCGGCCUUGUCGCCCGCGGUUCCGGCCACGUCGGUCGCAGCUACGAUGCUCAGGUGAACGAGGCAGAAAACUUCAAGAAGAACGCCUCGUGUAUCCUGGCCCCCGAGGAGAUUCUCGGCCCGUACUACGUUGCCGGAGAGUAUAUCCGCUCCAACGUUGUCGAGGACCAGGUCGGUGUGCCUGUUCAUCUGGACAUCUCCUUCAUCGAUGUCAACACCUGCAAGCCCCUUGUCAACUCCUAUGCGGACAUCUGGCAGGCCAAUGCCACCGGCGUCUACGGCGGCGUCGUCCAGGAGGGCUUCGAGAACCGCAACGACACCUGGGAGGAGACCUGGGGCCUGACCUGGCUGCGCGGCAUCCAGAAGACGGAUGAGGACGGCGCCGUGCACUUCGAGACCAUCUUCCCCGGGCACUACGAGGGCCGCGCCGUGCACAUCCACGUACUGACGCACCCGGACGCGAAACCCCUCCCCAACAACACCAUCAUCGACGAGCGCGCCUCGCACGUCGGCCAGAUGUACUUUGACCAGGACCUCGUCGACCGCGUCGAGGAGACUGCCCCGUACAACACCAACAACCAGCCGCGCACCUCCAACGCCGAGGACGAGUUCCUCCAGGGCGACCUCGCCGAGGGCGGCUACCCCUACCUGCAGUACCAGCUCGUUGGUGACAAGCUUGAGGACGGCCUGGUCGCCUGGCUCAACUUUGGCGUCAACGGCACCGAGGACAAGAUCGUGGAUCCCAUCACCACCUACCACCCCCGUCCUACCCAGCCGCCCAAGGCUUGCCCGGCGAAGCACUGA